AUCCCCUUCGAUUCUUUACUGUUAUCUCUCAAAACUUCUUCCCUCAAUUCAUCACCAAAAAUCCACAAUCAGAAUCACAAUCUUUUGGACUUUGAUCCUUAAAUCUCCGGUUGAUUUUUGUUCUUUUGUGUGAGAUUGAACAAAUUUUGUUCGUUUGUUUUUACUGAGAAACGUCGCUAAAUUCUCUGGUAGAAGAGGUGAUGCCAAGUUCAUAAUAUGGAUUCUCGUCAACUGUUUGGAUUUGGAGUCAAUAGUGCAGGUUUUUCUUGUACUCCUUAUUCCUCCGUUCCAUCCUUACCUAAUACCUUGCUUGGACCCUUGAAAUUUAGUGUAAGAAAUUCCCCGGCAUCUUCUUCGUUUUUUUCGUCGUAUUUUGAAUUGGAUUCAUUUCUGGAGACUACGGUGAGUGAUAAUCAAGAUCAGAGGAACUCCCCUGAGAAUCUCUCUGGACUUGGCCCUUCUUGUAAUUCGUCGUUUGAAACUAAUCAAAUAGCGUCGUCGUCGAAUUUGGAUCCGGGGUUGAAUGCGUUUGUUUACAAUGGAUGCUCGAACGAGAAUAUAAGCUUCACGUUGAAACAAUUGGAGAGUGUUCUUAUGGGGCCGGAUAAUGAGGAAGUUGUGAGUAAGCCUGAUGCUUCGUUUGGAGAUAGUUGCAGGCCACAGAUUAUGGGGCAGAGGUCCUACUUAUGGAGCCAAGAUCGACAGGGUGAGUCGAAUCUUGUACAGUCGCAGACGUUGCCGGUGUCGAUAAGCCGGCGAUCUCAAGCAGUUCACUUGGGGAAGCGCCAAAAAUCGAUGGAUGAAUCGAUAUUGCAGCAGGGAGGAUCUCCAUAUGAUAAUUUGAAGGAGUUGCUGAUUGAGUGUGCAAGAGCUUUAGCUGAAAACAGGAUGGAGGAUUUUGAUAACUUGGUUGCCAUAGCAAGAGGUGCUGUGUCUAUCAGCGGAGAACCGAUCCAGCGUCUCGGUGCUUACAUGGUGGAAGGGUUGGUGGCAAGGAAAGAGGAGUCGGGGGCGAAUAUAUACCGUGCUCUAAACUGUAGAGAGCCUGCAAGUGAUGAUUUGCUAUCUUACAUGCAUAUGCUAUAUGAAAUCUGCCCUUACUUGAAGUUCGGUUACAUGGCAGCUAACGGGGCGAUUGCCGAAGCCUGCAGAAACGAAGAUCGCAUCCACAUUAUAGACUUCCAGAUUACUCAGGGUACACAGUGGUUAACUCUUCUUCAGGCACUCGCAGCAAGGCCCGGUGGUGCUCCCCAUGUGAGAAUAACUGGUAUCGACGACCCCGUUUCUAAGUAUGCCCGUGGUGAGGGGUUGGAGGUCGUUGAGAGGCGGUUGGCUGAAGUCUCGAGGAAGUAUGGAAUACCAGUAGAGUUUCAUGGAUUACCCGUUUUUGCUCCAGACGUCACGCGUGGUAUGCUUGAUAUCAGACCCGGGGAGGCUCUGGCUGUAAACUUCCCCUUGCAGCUUCAUCAUACCCCCGAUGAAAGCGUUGACGUAAACAAUCCACGGGACGGUUUGCUGAGAAUGGUGAAGUCAUUGUCCCCAAGGGUAGUAACUUUGGUAGAGCAAGAAUCCAACACCAACACAACCCCUUUCUUCAACAGGUUUGUGGAAACUUUAGAUUACUACUUAGCAAUCUUCGAGUCCAUUGAUGUCACUCUACCAAGGAACAGCAAGAAGGGUAUCAACAUCGAGCAGCAUUGUUUGGCGAAAGAUAUCGUUAAUGUCAUCGCUUGCGAGGGGAGGGAACGAGAAGAACGCCACGAGCUCUUCGGCAAGUGGAAAACAAGAUUGACAAUGGCAGGGUUCUGCCAGUUCCCUUUGAGCUCUUACGUCAACUCCGUCAUCAGGAGCCUGCUCAGGUGCUAUUCGGAGCAUUACACUCUCGUCGAAAAAGAUGGAGCAAUGCUGCUGGGAUGGAAAAACAGGAACCUGAUAUCUGCCUCGGCCUGGUAUUGAGAGUACAAGAAUGCAGAUAAACGAUGACUGAGCUAUACGACCUGGUAUCGGGGGGUGGGGAGGGGCUCGUUGACGGGCUCUGCUCUGACGUGGUACUCAGGUGAAGCUGCUGCUAUCAACCAUUGAACAGGCCUGGACAUUCAACCAGACAGCUGAACUAAAAUUGUCCAUUUUGUCAGUAAAAACUACCAUUGACACCGAACUCUUCUCGAAAUUAUAUCGUCGACCUUGUGCGUGAUUUCCUCGUUAGGAAUCAUGGUUUGAAGAGCAGGAGAAAAACACAUAGACGACCUCCAUGAAUGUAAUCGAUAUUUUGAAGAAUAAUGUUUCUAUUUUGAUUUAGUAGAAUAAUGUACCUAUUUUGAGGCUGGAUAGAAACUCCAAUAACUGAAGCCUAAGGUAAAUUUAAUUUUGAUCAAAGAUAA